AUGCCAUAUCAGGCCAUACAAGGCCAUACCAGGCUAUACCAGGCCAUAUCAGGCUAUACAAGGCCAUACCAGGCCAUACCAGGCCAUAUCAGGCCAAAUCAGGCCAUACAAGGCCAUAUCAGGCCAUAUCAGGCCAUAUCAGGCCAUACCAGGCGAUACCAGGCCAUACCAGGCCAUACCAGGCGAUACCAGGCCAUAUCAGGCCAUACCAGGCGAUACCAGGCCAUAUCAGGCCAUACCAGGCGAUACCAGGCCAUAUCAGGCCAUAUCAGGCGAUAUCAGGCCAUAUCAGGCCAUACCAGGCGAUACCAGGCCAUAUCAGGCCAUAUCAGGCGAUACCAGGCCAUAUCAGGCCAUACCAGGCCAUACCAGGCCAUAUCAGGCCAUAUCAGGCCAUACCAGGCAUAUCAGGCCAUAUCAGGCCAUAUCAGGCCAUACCAGGCCAUACCAGGCCAUAUCAGGCCAUACAAGGCCAUAUCAGGCCAUACCAGGCCAUAUCAGGCCAUACCAGGCCAUAUCAGGCCAUAUCAGGCCAUACCAGGCCAUAUCAGGCCAUACCAGGCCAUAUCAGGCCAUAUCAGGCCAUACCAGGCCAUAUCAGGCCAUACCAGGCCAUCUCAGGCCAUACCAGGCCAUAUCAGGCCAUACCAGGCCAUAUCAGGCCAUAUCAGGCCAUACCAGGCCAUAUCAGGCCAUACCAGGCCAUAUCAGGCCAUAUCAGGCCAUACCAGGCCAUGCCAGAGCAGACGCCCUGCCAGAGCCCUCUCCAUCUGCCUCUGCCUCUGCCUCUGCCUCUGCCUCUGCCCUCCCUCUCCAUCUGCCUCUGCCUCUGCCUCUGCCUCUGCCUCUCCCUCUGCCUCUGCCUCUGCCUCUCCCUCUCCCUCUCCCAGCCUGAGUAGGGUCCAGGUUCAAUGGGCCUUGUACCUCUCCCUGGCCCUCCUCUGGUACCCGUCUGGGGCAGUAGCCUCAACCCUCAACUGCCACAAGACCUGCAUCUGUGCCAGUAACAUCGUGAGCUGUUCCAAGAUGAACCUGACCACAGUGCCCACUGGCCUGCCUCUCUACACGGCCGUCCUGGACCUCAGCUACAACGACGUCUCCCGGCUGAGGGCUGAGUGGACCACGGUGAAACUCAUCAAACUCCACAACCUCCUACUCAGUCACAACGGCCUUCACUUCCUCUCCUCCGAGGCCUUCGUCUACGUCAAACACCUGCGCUACCUGGACCUGUCCUCCAACGACCUGCGACAGCUGGACGAGUUCAUCUUCGAACCGUUGGGGCAGCUGGAGGUGCUGUUGCUGUACAACAACCGUAUAUCUCAGAUUGACCGCUCAGCCUUCCAGGGUCUCCACAGCCUGCAGAAACUCUACCUGUCCCAGAACAUGAUCUCACGAUUCCCCCUGGAACUGGUCAAGGACAAGACCCGCCUGGAGAAACUCAGCCUGAUGGACAUCUCCUCCAACAGGAUCAAGGUUCCACCCAUUGAGGAGCUGCAGGUGCUGCCUGCCUGGAUAAAGAACGGCCUCUACUUCCACAACAACCCUCUGAUCUGUGACUGUAGCCUAUAUAGUCUCCUGGCCCACUGGCACAUCCGCCGACUCAACUCAGCCCUGGACUUUAAAGACGAGUACAGCUGCUAUCUCCCCGGGUCCCAGAAAAGCAGGGUGGGGGUCUUCGACCUCAACAGAGACUACAUGAACUGUAGUACGUUCUACGAGGCGGACGAGGAAGCUUGGCUGGGCCAGACGCUGAUCUUGCGCUGUGAUACUAAACACAGAGAUCUGUCUAAGACCUGGGUGAUGCCUGGUGAUGUAGUGGUGACGGAAGGCCUUAACCAGACAGCCACGGUGCUUCCUGACGGUAGUCUCCAGAUCGGCCCGGUGAAGCCGGAGGACUCGGGGACGUACACAUGCUACGCUGUGAGCGAAGCCCUCAACGAGACGCUCUACGUGUUGCUCAAGGUGCAUAACUUCACGGAGAACGGCAACGGUGAGACCCUGAACACGGCCUACACCACCCUGGUGGGCUGCCUGACCAGCGUGGUCCUAGUGCUCAUCUACCUGUACCUGACCCCCUGCCGAUGCUUCUGCUGCCCCAAGAAGAACCACGAGGACUCCAUCCACUCCUCCAUGCUCAGCGCCACACCCAGCCAUGAGGACCUGGUCAACAACACUGACCCAAGGCACGUGGCCUUCAUCGACCCCAAGGAGCUGGGACUGGGGCUGAACGGGAAGGUGAACCCCAACGAUGGGGAGGGGGACCAGGGAGAGAUGGAUGAGGAGGGAGGGUUACUGGGGAAGGGAAGGAGGAAGAAGUCUGUGGCUGAGUCUAUUAGUUCUGUCUUCUCUGACACCCCCAUAGUGGUCUGAGAUGGUACGGACCGUCGAUAUGGAUGUACGCCGUGACGUGAUUGGAUGGAUCAGGGAUGUACGUGGUGUGAUUGGAUGAAACUGUGACUACUUCCUUGGACAGAAAGCCAAUCACAGUUCACUAAACCGACCAAUCAGAAGCUUCAGGGGAGUGUCAACACAUUGCCUUGGUAUUAACAAGGACAACUGACAAUAAACAGGACCUUUCCCCAGCAUUUGAUCUGUAGCACUUAAAAUAUACAUACUGUGAAAGCCUGACAGAGGAGUCCCACUGGGCACACACUGGUUGAAUCAACGUUGUUUAAGCGUCAUUUCAAUUAAAUGACUUUGAACCAAUGUGGACUAGACGUGGAAUUGACGUCUGUGCCCAGUGGAGUGUAAGAGGACACUACUCCUUCCCGUGGGACAGUAACAGUGAAUAUCAUGUUGGACGGUAGCAGUACUCAGGAAGACAUUGAUUGGUGGAGGACAGAAAAUAUGAGAUUGUGAGCCAUUUUAAACAUUGAGAAGAAGAAAAAAAUUGAGAUGAAUAAAGUUUGGAAAAUAACAUAGUUCGUACAUAUAUAUAUAUAUAUAUAGUCAAGUCAUGAGCAUGAACCUUGUAGACUGACUCAUAUUUCUAUUUACUAAUAGGAGUAGACUAGCGUGAGUCUUCUGUAGACUUUAAUACAUACAGAACGUACAUACGGUAGCUAUACACAUAGAAAUAGAAUGACUUUAUAUUACUUCCUGGCAUGGGUAGAUUCAUUAUGGCCACCGGGCCACCCAUCACAGAACAUUGACUUGGAUGGGAAUGUCUGUUCUAAUAAUUAUAUUUCUAUGCAUAUACCCCUCCACCCCCACAUACAGACAGACAGGCCAGAGUUGGCCAAACACAACAACAUGGACACCAGAUUCAGAGUUGGACAAACAACAACAACAUGGUCACCAGAUUCAGAGUUGGCC